AGGUGGGGCACGAGACAAAGUUUCUCAACGGACUGUCCCCAAGGUCGGCUCAUCUCCGGCCAUUCAAUAGACGUGUUAAGCUCGUGAAGUCGUGUAGUGUUCAAAAUGAGGAAUCUAAUUGUUCUGGCGUGUAUUUGCGCCGUCGCGUACGGGCGAGCUCAAACCUAUGAGAAUUUAGAUUCUUUGAGUGAAACUCAAGAAUCAGCUAUAGAAAAUUUAGGAAAUGAAAAUUCUAAUUUCGGUUCAAGACUAAGUCAAGAUGAAAAGAAUCAGGUUAACAAUGAAAGCGGAAGUAACUUAGACGAUAACUAUGAACAAAUCAGCACACCUAGCUCCAUCUAUUACGAAGCUCAGGGCGCUACCGUUGAUGGCGAAAACGGUUAUGAAGCUACCGAGAGAACCUCGGAACGCAAGGGCAGGUAUCAAUCUCUACCUGAUCAGGAAAACGAGGAAUCUGCUCCGAGGGUUGUUGGCAGCACGACAUGUAUAGAAAAAAACGAAAGAUACUCCAUACCCGGUAGUUGUGACAAGUACAUCGAAUGCUUGAAUGGCACAGCAGAAGAAAAGCAAUGCCCGGACGGGUUACGUUACAACCCAAAUGUGAAAUUCAACGUUUACCCUUGCCAAUACCCCAUCGACGUCCCAUGCCUUGGACGAGCUGCUUUACAACCAGCACAACCUACCAACGAUUGUCCUCACCAAUUCGGUUACUUCAAGACUGGUGACGCUCGCAACUGCAGUGGUUUCAGGAAUUGCGUGAAUGGUGUCGGUUACGAUUUUACAUGCCCCGAAGGACUCGCCUUUAGCUCUGAUAAUUAUCGCUGCGAGUGGCCUGACGAAGUAUCCGAUUGCGAUGCUGAAGCUUUCCUCGGCUUCCGUUGUCCUGAAAUACCGAUUUCAAAAGAACUUGGACCUCCAGCUGGCUUCAGAACGUACAGAUCCCCUAACGAUUGUCAAAUAUACUUUAUCUGUAUUAAUGGCAAACCUCGUCGUCUGUCCUGCGGUGGAUUCUCUGCUUAUGACGAACUUACCGAAUCCUGCGUCGCGGCAGAUGAAGUGUCAGCUUGUCCUGUAGAAUUGAGAAACGAGGCGAAACGGUCCAGAGAUGCUGAAAAACAACGCCUCACAGCUCAAGUUGCUUUCGAAAAACUUAGAUACGCUCCACAAGACGUGACUGAGUAUCCGACAACAGUCGAACCGUUCUAUCAACCGGGACAAUUUGAUUUGAUAGAAAAUGAGACCCAAAGGCCGGAGCAAGAAUCAUUUUAUUAAUAACAUUUUCAACUAAAUCUGUUUCCGAUAAUUGUAAUUGUAUAUAAUUAUGUUUUAAUGUAAGGUGUAACCGAUCAACUCGUUGUUUUAUAUUUCCAUUUUUUGUAAUGUAUAGUCAAUUAAUGAUAGUGCCAUUCGUCGAAUAAAAGAAUUCU